GAACUUGGUUCAGAGUUAACCAGCGUUGGUGAAACCGUGCCUAAGGUAUGGGCUAGUGGCUCACGGCGGCAUUUUGAGAUGACGAAGAAGAAGAAGAAGUAGGAGGCCGCCAUUCCUCGAACAACGUGGAAAUAACGUGCAAGCAUCAUGUCAUCGUCCCGUCGCUCUGCUCGGACAACAGCCGAGCAAUACGAAAUAAUGGUGCAGUAUAUGCAGGAGCACGAAAACCUCCUGCGAGGCACAUUUUCUCCCGCGUAUACUGCACAACAGCGUGAGAGGGAUUGGGGGCAACUAGUGGAGCGCCUUAACUCUGCGGGGGGUGCUGUGAAGACGGUGGAGAGGUGGCGAAAGGCAUGGCAGGAUUGGAAGUCAAAUGUCAAGGCCAAGGCAGCCAGGAUACGAUCAUCCAGGAGUAGGACAGGGGGUGGGCCUCCCCCCAAAGAGCAGUUUACCCCUGCAGAGGAAGUGUUAGUUGGUCUCCUGGGAGAAGUCUCCAUCGUUGGGGUGGACACGACGGCUGAACUGGGCGUAAGCCUUGAAGAACAAACCCAAGCUACCGGUUCAGCUGCUGAGCUACGCCGCGUAGUAAUACACGAUGGGGCUACAGCAGGUGGAGCAGGGAAUGUUUCCCCCCCUACAUCACAGGAGACCGAGAUUUUGUCCCCCUCAGUGACAGCAGCAGACAGUGGUCAACAGGACAACCCUCCUUCAUCCCCGCAUAUGCCACAGGAGGGGCAAAGUGAGGUACGCGAGCCGAGGCACCGGAGGAGAAGCAGGAUCAGGGCUCUCAGGCAGCAGUAUCAAAACGAGGUCGGCCAAAGCUUUAUCGGCCUGCAAAGGGAACAGCAAGCACAGUUACGACAAAUAUGCGGCUCCCUGACAGCACUCGUGGGUGCUGUCAACAGGGUGGCUGAUGCAGCCGAAGAGCUCCGAGAAAUCAAGGACCUCCUCACCGUAACCAUUUAUUUUAUUGCCUUUAUGAAAACUUUUCGCUCAAGUAUGGAGGUACAACAUGCACGUACUAUCAGGCUUGCUAACUAGCAGGCUAUAAAUUUGCAAUACAAUAAAACUUUGCCGUAAUGAGCCUGACCAGAAUGUUAUGGAACAUUUCUGGAGAAUGUAACGAAAUAUAUACAGAAUGCUUUGUUGUUGAACCUACCUCAUGAAAAAUGUUUAGCUGUUGAAUGUAUCUCAUAAAAUGUAUAGAAUGGUUUGCUGCUGACCUUCACCAAUCAACACUUCAUUCCCUAUAUGAGAGAAAGGUCGAAAAAUGCUAUACACAUUUAUUUCGGGGAAUUUAAUUUCGCUGUGUUCAUCACAACACCGUAGCAAUGAUGACUAAUGCAGUUGCAAGGUCUGCGUACCGGAUACCUUUACUCCAUCUAUUCUCCAGUGAGCUGUCUAGCGACAUGAUCACGAACUCUUGCACCUGCGGAACGGGAAUUCUCCUCCCUUUCAUUAUGAUUGGUCAGUGUGUCGAACAUUCCGCUGUCCCCCUCAAUUUCGUCUUCUAACCUUAAUCCCUCACUCAGACAAAUGUUGUGGAGUAUUGCACAUGCGUUAACAAUUUGUCCCACCACACUCGGUGCGUAAUGCAGCACUCUGUGCCUGUGAAGGCACCGAAACCGGCUUUUGAGAAGGCCGUUACACUGCUCAAUUAUAGCCCGUGCUUUCUUGUGCCGUAUGUUGAAAUUUUCCUUGUACGACUCAUGUGCUGUCUCGGAUUCGGAGUAUGGUACCAACAGCCAUGGCUCGAGAGGGUACCCACUGUCUCCUAUAAAGAAAACAGUGUAUCACGUUUGCCCCAGCGUAAAGACGUCACUAUUACCAAUCAGCCAGGAAUUCGAACUCGGGAUUCGAUUACUUGCAAGAGCCUCCCGUACAGCUGAAUUCCUCCAUAUGAAGGAGUCGUGCGUGCUCCCAGGAUAUUUGGCGUUGACAUUCAAAAUUUCAAGCUCGGACGUGCAAAUCUGUAGAAUGAGAGUUCAUAAUCAGAUAUGUUGUAGUUAUUUUGUAUUACAACUACUCUUUCAGGUAUCCUUGCAGCGGUAGCAGUGCAAGUAAAGAAAGUUUGGAUUUGUUUCUGGUCUGGUGUUUGAAAGAAAAAUAACUAUUAAAGCUUCUAAUGCAAUAUC